GAUGCAGAAGACAAGAUGUGCCAGCGCCUCUUGCUCCUGGGUGCCAGAUGGUUCAACAGUGAAGACCGCUAUAAUUUUAUUCAAAUUCUCGAAGAUAAAGAAGGGGCAUAUCCCUCGAGGAUGAAGAAUUGGCGGGUCACUGCCGCAACUCGGAUGGAGAGGCGUUGGGUAAGAGUGGGCUGGCCGAGUCGGGGUCCUGGAUUCUGGAUUGCGGAGUUUGAUGCCGACUGGGAAAGGUAUGACAAACAUGCUGUUAAAGAUGAGCCCAUUGUGCCCGACGAGGCAACACAAGUUCUUCUUGCGAGAACGAUGGACGAGAGAUGUGAGAUCUUGAAGCGGAUGGGAGGACGGUUUUUCGCGAGCUUGGAGGAAUAUAAGUACGGGGGUGGCGCGGCUUGUUUGACGGCAUGGGAGACUAAACUGAAGGGCGAGGUCGGACCGUUGAUUCAAACACCACUUGAGGAGGAGAAAGAAGAAAAAGAAGAAGUACAGCAGGGAGAGGAACAGGUGGUAGUGGUGGUGGAGUGAUGCUUGAAGCCUCUCGAAUUUAUUUAUGAGCUGUUUGUUGCCUUUUCUGUCUCUGUCUGUGGUUAAUGCUUGCCCCGUGUCUCCAUACAGGCAAAGCAAACUUCGAUGCUACCAAUUAAGCAG